AUGGAAGAUGCCGGCGAGCUCGUGAGCCUCCUAGGCAGCAAGAAGGGUGAAAAUGAUGAGUUGCAGCCGGUCGAGAAGAUUGUGUUCAUCAUGGAUGCAAUGAAAACCACCGCCAGCAAGAGACGCAAGAUCACAAAGGUGCGGCCGAUCACUCUCGGUGCCCACAUGGACGUUGCCAAAAUCCGUUCCCUUCGUCUUCCAUUCCAGGUGGCAUGGCGCAUGAGGCUGACCCAUCAUCGCGUUCUCUCACCUGUGAGGCCUGUGCUCAUGCAUGCCCAGGAAAUGCAACUCACGCCGGGUGUGCACCGACUCUUCUGA